AUGUGUCGUCGUCCUCGCCUGCGUGGUUGUCGUCGCUCUGUGCGACAAGGCCCCAGUCUAUGCCCCUCCAACCCCCGCCUACCACGCACCCGAAACCCGCCUACAACGCUCCCAAACCUUCUACCCGCCCCGAAACCCAGUCUACCCGCCCCCAAACCUUCUUACCACGACCCCGAACCCCCUACCACGCCCCCGAACGAGUACGAACAAGAAUACGCUGACGUAACUCCCAAGUACAACUACAACUACGGUGUCGCCGACGGUUACUCCGGCGCCAACUUCGCCGCCUCAGAGUCCCGCGACGGCUACAAGAUCGAGGGCCAAGCCUACACCGUCGACCUCCCCGACGGCCGCAAGCAGAUCGUCAACUACGUGGACACGGCCGACGUUUAUGGUAAGCUCAGGUCACCUACGGGCGAGGCGUCAGUAUGCCGAGUACAAUGUGCCCACCUACAAGCCAGCUCCCCCCGCCCAUAA